AUGCUGGAGUCGACCUGCAGGGCCUUCUUCGACCUGCAAGGAGUCCAGCUCCGUCCCACCCCGGAUGCAGUCAUGACGACCCACUGUGCUCGAGUGGUAGAGAGCGCACCCGCACAGAACAGAUCCGAAGCGGUAGAGGGACAGAUAGACGUACCUGCCGCAAACCGGGACGCAAAUCCAAGAGUUGGGUUUAUUUCAUAUUCUCGCCGACCUGCACCGAGGGAUGCAGUACUGAGUGGCCCGACAUCAAGGGCAGCCACUGCUGACGAGCGUGAUAGGUCUGGAGAUAGGCAGCACAGGUUUGCUGAUCGGGUUAGGAGGCCGCGGGAACGCGAAGCACGGACGGAGACCGACUUGGCAAGCGUAGCAGAUGAAGGCGAGGAGGGUGUAGAAGAUCCACAGCUGCCAAGUCAGGUCGAACAGGCAGAGGAGCACUGGAGGAAGGCGGCUGAUGAAAAGCGGAUGGUCGAAGCAGAAGCCAAGAGUAGACGGGCUGAAGAGAUGCAGCGGCGCAGUGAUGGCGGCACCGAUCCUACCGUCUCUUUCCCGGGAACUGGAGACAUACGUGAAGCAUGGGAGCGUGGGGCACGAGCCGCUGCAAGGGCACACGUGGGAGAGGCAGGAGAGGAGCUCGCCAGCAAUGUGCGGCAGCAUAUCGAGGAGGAUAGGGGAUACGUGAAAGUUCGCUUGCCUAGCCUAAAGCGGAAGGCGGCAGAAGAGGCCCGGAGAGGGGACGUCGACGUGCCAGAGAAUUCGGGAGAGGCGAAAAAGAAGGAGGAGAGCAACGCGGGUGCUAAGGCUCAUAAGAUGGUGGAGGUAGAGGCGCACCAGAAUGCAGAGGAUGCGGCCCAUCGGUUCGUCGAUGCAGAGGCGGUACUUACGGCAGAGGACGGGGCGCCAAAGGAAGUAGAGUCUGCGGCGCAGCAGAAGGUGGGUGCAGAGGCGGUCAAGGGUGCGGAGGCAGUCGCGCGUAAAGAAGCGGGUGCAGCAGCAGAGCUGACGUCGGAGGCAGACGAGCUGAUGGUUGUGGAGGCAGUGGCGCAGAAGGAAUCAGAGGCAAUGGCGAGCCAGAAGGAUGAGGCAGCGGCGCAGCAGAAUGAUGAGGCAGACGCACAUAAGGAAUCAGCGGCAGCAGCGCAGCACAAGGAUGAGGGUGCGGCGCCGAGGAUGGUUGAGGCAGAGGCGCAGAAGGAAUCAGAGGCAGCGGCGCAGCAGAAGGAGGAGGGUGCGGCGCCGAAGAUGGUUGAGGCAGAGGCGCAGAAGGCAUCAGAGGCAGCGGCGCUGCAGAAGGAGGAGGGUGCGGCGCCGAAGAUGGUUGAGGCAGAGGCGCAGAAGGCAUCAGAGGCAGCGGCGCUGCAGAAGGAGGAGGGUGCGGCGCCAAAGAUGGUUGAGGCAGAGGCGCAGAAGGCAUCAGAGGCAGCGGCGCUGCAGAAGGAGGAGGGUGCGGCGUCGAACAUGGUUGAGGCAGAGGCGCAGAAGGAAUCAGAGGCAGCGGCGAGGGAGAAGGAUAAGGCAGCGGCGCUGCAUAUGGAGGAGGCAGACGCACAUAAGGAAGGAGAGGCUCAGAAUAAGGCAGAAGCAGCGGCGCGGCAGAAGGCGGAGGCAGAGGAGCAGAAACAGGCUGCGGAAGAGGCACUACAACUGGCUCGGGCUGAAGCGCGGAAGAAGGCUGUUGUAGAGGCGCAGAAGAAGGCGGAGGGUGUUGCGCAGAAGAUGUCAGAGGCCGAGGAGCAGAAGCAGGCUGAGGCAGACGCACGAAGGAAGCCAGAUGGAGAGGACGGUUCAGAUGGGAAUAAAAUGGUACAGACAGAGGGACGGGAGACGGCGGGUGCUGAGGGGCACAUCAUCGCAGAGGAAGAGGGGCAGCAUAACGAGGAGGCAGCGUCGCAGGUAUUCGCAUACCGAGAGAUGCAGAGCAUGGCAGAGACAGGGCGUCAAAAUACUAUGGAGGAGGUUCGUGUCGUCCCGGAGGCUGGAGUGGGGCACUACGAGGGAGAUGCGUUGGAAACAGAAGAGGAGCAGAAUGAGGAGGAUACGGUACAUCCGGCAGUCCGGAUAUUUUUGGGAGGAAGUCCGACGCGGGGACCAGGAACCGGGGUAGAGGGGCCAUGGAGGGUGGCAGACGAUGGGGCGCCUAGGGAUACAGUGGAUCUCAACAGGCAGAGGCGGCCCACCCUUCACCAGAGAGCAGUGGAGAGGAAUCUCGGCCAAGGCGGGGUGGCAGAAGCGUUUUGGCAGGUAGAGUGGGUCGAGGCAGAGACGGCAAUACGGCGGAUGCUGCAUCGGACGAGUACAGUCCUGGUCAAACAAGGUGACAGGUUCGUCGAGGCCGAAAGCUGGGACAUAAGCCCGGCAGAGGUAACGCGUCGUCUGACGCUCUUAGCCCGAAUGGUGACGCAGACGUUCUGCAACUUGGCGGCCCGCAACAGCAGCAUCAGUCGCGACGUGGCCGAUCUGACCGUCCAUUACUGUCGCGACGCCCUGGCCAACCUGGAAGAAGUCCGCCAUGGAAACGAGGAACGGCGGCGCCAAGCUGAAACGGCGGCCAGGUUUCGCGAGGAGGUGGACACGAGACUCUCCAACUUGCAGGAGAGUAUCGUAAGGGUGAGUGAUCAGGUUCGCCAGUCGGGAGGGGGGAUGGCGGAGGGCACGUUAAAGGGGGUGGAAGAGAGGUUGAGAGAGGUUCUGAGAGAAGAGUCUGAGCGGCGGAACAGGGAUAGACUGCAGGACGAGGAGCGGAGGCAGAAGGCCAUGAGGAAGGAAGCAGACGCCGCAGAGAGACGGAAGAAGGAACAACAGCAGGAGGAAGCGCGUCGGCAGAAGGAGAUGAGAGAGGGAAUGAAGGAGAUGAAGGAGGCGAUGAUGAAGGAGAUGAAGGCAGAAAUGAAGGAGAUGAAGGAUGGGAUGGUAAACCAGAUUGUGGGGAGGUUGAGCGCGGUUUUGCGAGAAGUAUCCGAGCGGCAGAAGAAGGAGAGGCAAGUGGACGCGGAGCGGCGACAACAGCAGGACGCGAAGAGGAAACAAGUGGCGGACGACGAGGAGAGACGCAAGAGGAUACAACUGGACGAGCAAUGGCGGAAGGAGGAGGAGGUGAAGAGGAAGGACGUAGAGGCCACAGAGCGGCGGAGGAAGAACAAACAUCAGGAGGAAGAGCGACGGCAGAAGGAGGUGGAGGCGGGAAUGAAGGAAGUGAUGGAGGCUGUGAAGGAGAUGAAGACGGGGAUUACGGGGUGGAAGGAGGGGAUGAUAAGUGAGGUGGAAAAGCGGCUGUCAAUGGUUCUGAGAUUGGACGCAGAGCGGCGGCAAAAGGAGGAGCAGGGUAGGAAGGCAACGGAGGGAGAUCGGCGACAGAAGGAGGAUGCGCAGAGGAAGGAGGCAGAGGAAGCAGAGCGGGUGGAGAGGGAGAAACAGCAAGAGAUGGCGCUCCUGCAGAAGGAGGAGGCGCAGCGGAAAGAUGCAGAGGAGGCCGAGAGGCAGGAGAGGGAGAAACAGCAGGAGAUGGCGUGCCUGCAGGAGGAGGACAGGCAGAGGAAGGAGGCAGAGGAGGUAGAGCGGCGUCAAAGGGCGAAACAGCAGGAAUUGGACCGCCUGCAGAAGGAGGAGACGCAGAAGAAGGAGGCAGAGGAGGCCGAGCGGCAGCAGCGGGCAAAACAGCAGGAGAUGGAGCGCCUGCAGAAGGAGGAAGCGCAGAAGAAGGAGGUAGAGGAGGCCGAGCGGCAGCAGAGGGCGAAACAGCAGGAGAUGGAGCGCCUGCAGAAGGAGGAAGCGCAGAAGAAGGAGGCAGAGGAGGCCGAGCGGCAGCAGAGAGCGAAACAGCAGGAGAUGGAGCGCCUGCAGAAGGAGGAAGCGCAGAAGAAGGAGGCAGAGGAGGCCGAGCGGCAGCAGAGAGCGAAACAGCAGGAGAUGGGGCGCCUGCAGAAGGAGGAAGCGCAGAAGGAGGCAGAGGAGGCGGAGCGGCAGCAGAGGGCGAAACAGCAGGAGAUGGAGCGCCUGCAGAAGGAGGAAGCGCAGAAGAAGGAGGCAGAGGAGGCGGAGCGGCAGCAGAGGGCGAAAUUGCAGGAGAUGGAGCGCCUGCAGAAGGCGGAGCAAUGCCGAGCAGAGAAGAGGGCCAGACUUGCAUCCUACGCGGAACAGCAGCGGCAACUGGAGGCAAAGGCAAAGGCGAUGGCUGAAGAGACGGAACGAUUGGCAAGGGAGAUGGAAGAGGAGGAUUUGACCAUGCAGGGGGAGGGGACCUGGACAGGAGUCGAGGAGGAUUUGACCAUGCAGGGGGAGGGGACCUGGACAGGAGUCGAGGAGGAAAUAGUUGAGGGGUUGGGGACUUUGCUGUUGAUUGAGAGCGGGGAGGCGAAUGUAGCAGAGGGCGUGCCUAGUGUUCCUGUACGGAAUGUAGAGGUGUCCAGGAGGCGGCCUAGACAAGAGGACAGGGAGCCGGAGGGUCAUGCGGCUAAGAGACGGCGUGCAGCUGGAAUACAGGAGUUGAUACCCAUAAUCCAAGGGGAAAAGAAAGGGAUGAAGAUCGACAAGUGUGACAACAGGAAAAACGCCGUAGUGGACGACAAGGGUAAGACUUUGGGUGUCUGCCUGCCGUUCAGGGGAAGCGGGUUCUCUCAACGGGGCGAGGGAGCUUUGCAGAAGUGGACGUCUGAGCAGACCGUCGGUGGCCGAAAGACCUCGACUGCUGGAAGUUCUGCAUACGGCAUGAAUCCAAACCGUAUUAACAAGUGGCGGGAAGACCUCGACUUCACAACGUGGCUUCCAACAGGGGUGUGGAGCGUCAUCAACGAACUUCACCUGGACAAACCGGACGGAUUCUCACUCGUUCAAACCAACACGGCUCUUCGGCAGCAGCAGGGGGAUGGCUUUCAGGUAGCUGCCUGCGCUGGUGUCGGAAUAACUGCGUGGCAGAAGAUGGUGGGAGGCGUGGAGGGUGAAAACGGCUAUUCGACGGAAGAACACGCAAUCGGACUUGCCGCCACGUUGUCUGUAAUAUGGGCCGCAUCCACGAAUGUGGACCAGACCCAGUGGGAGACGGGCGCAACAACAGCUGCACGUGGAACUUCUACGGCCAUAGCAUCUUCUGCUGCCAGAUCGUCCACUGCUGCCACCGCCUCGUCGGAUGCCUCGUCAUCUUCUGCGGCCGAUGUGCCCUCUGCCGUCCACAAUGCCCUUGCGACGCUUGCAGCCUCGGUUGCUUGCGUUGCGGUUGAGGCGAUGAGGUCGGUAAAGGAUCAGGAGCAUGACAAGGAAGCGUGGAUUCUGCCCCUGUCGGAUGCGCUGCUGAAAGCGCUUCCGGCAGAGUCGCGAGCGGCCGAGGAUGCGAAGCGGAUGACGAGGGUGGUGGCAAAGGUGGUGACCUCUUGGUGCCUAUGCAGCAUGGCAUCAAGAGGCCUUCGCCAGCACCAGGGCGUCUGGCUCGGAGUCCUGCAGAAGAAGUUGGGCGGCCGGGAUACCACAACAGGGGCGGAUAAGGAGAAGAAAACCAAGAAAUCGUCCGCGAAGGGGAACGCGACGAAGGAUGCGUCGACGGAGGAGAACACCGGCACUAGCGGCCAGGAUUGA